CCCCCCCCUCCUCCCCUUCUGCGUGCACUUCUUCUGACCUUGAUCAGCUUCUUUGUGCCACUUUUCUUCACUUCUUUUUCUUUGAGUCUGUGGUUUUCAUGUGCACUACUCGUUUAACGAGGCAGUGCCGUUCAAUUUGAACCUGUACUGAGCAAUAUAUGCAAAUUAAUUUUAAGAAAAUGUACUAUAUAUAUAGUAGAUUGUACUGGUUUGGAACUCCCGGACUCUAAAUCCUGGAUCCGCCUCUGUCGUGUUAUUCGUUCAAUCUUGAGUCUUGACUCUUGAGACAGAGAUAUGCAGAUCUGACAUGGGAAUUCAGAAUUUAGUUUGUUGGCUUUGCGAAAAAUUUGACAAGAGUAAUUGGGGUUGGUGAAAAAUGGAAGCUUUUACUGGACUGAGUCCAAGAAUUAACACAGUUGUAUUAAAUAAGGAAAAAAACCAUGACCCGGAUUAUCAAGAUUCACAAUUGGAGUCCACAGAUCAUAAUGGUGAUUACCAGGAUAGGCAUUUUGAUCAUUCUAUGGAUGCAUUGGAGAUUUUAAAGGAAACUGUGAGGAUUCUUAGGUACAAUCCUAUAGGUUUCUUGUCAAUUGCUACAUUGUUAAUUUGUCCUGUUUCUGCUGUUCUUUUAUCUAAUGUUUUAGUUGAUCAAUCUAUUGUGAAGAAACUGACAAUUAGGUUAUUGCUUUUGGCUAAGUCCAGUGGGCUUCCACUUAAGCCCUUUAUCAAACAGUCUUGUCAAAAGUUCUCUGAAAUGGUGAUUUCAGCUGCAAUGUGUUUUCCUUUAUAUGCUACUUUGUUGCUCCUGUCUAAAGCUGCUAUAGUAUACUCUGUUGAUUGCACGUACUCGAGGAAGAAUUUCGACACUAGAAAGUUUUAUGUUAUUGUUACAAAGAUUUGGAAGCGCAUCGUCAUGACUUAUAUGUGGGUGUGUAUGGUGAUUUCUGGUUGUCUCGUGUUGUUUAUUGUACUUCUUGUGGCAGUGAGCAGUGCUUUCUCUGUAAUGGGGUUCCCUCCUGACUUGAUUUUAUACCCCGCGAUGAUAGUUGGGAUGAUUUUCUCUAUAAUUUUAGCAAAUGCUAUGAUCAUUUGCAAUAUUGCUAUUGUGAUAUCUGUGUUGGAGGAUGACUCUGGAGCGCAGGCAUUGCUUCGGUCUAGUUCUCUCAUCAAGGGGCAAACACAAGUUGGGCUAUUGAUAUUUCUCGGAUCGACUAUUGGGAUGGCAUUUGUGGAGGGAUUGUUUGAGCAUAGAGUGAAGAUACUAAGCUAUGGAAAUGAAUCUUCAAGAAUAUGGGAAGGGCCACUUUUGGUAAUAAUGUAUUCAUUUGUGAUGCUUGUUGACUCUAUGAUGAGUACUGUUUUCUACUUCCGUUGUAAAUCAUAUAGAAUGGAAGCAUCAAAUGAAGAAAGUUUGCCUGUAUUAGAAGCCUUGACAAUUUCUUCAGCAUUAGAAGAAGUUCAAUAACAACAUGUUCGAAAGCUAAUUUUAUGGAUUGUAAAGCUAUUUGAAGUUCUUUAUGAGAAGAAGGAAUUGAUAUGUGAAAGUUUCUUUGUACUCGAUUCGUGCCUCUCGUGGGAAAAUGAGAAAUUGUGUCGAAGUCCUGUUGGAGAAAGUACUUAUUGAUAGGGGAUACAUUGCGCGGUGUUAACAUUUCCAGCUACUUGAUCAUCUAUAUAUAGAGAGAGAGAGGAUGUUGACACAGAAUCAUCAGGCAAAAAAGUUGUAUCAAGAUAUCAUAAGUUUAAACAUGUACUAUUCUUUUCAUCAUUCAUAAUGAUAAAGGUACUCUGAAUUUUAUUUUAUGAGUUA